GCUGGUGCAACGAAGUUCGUCAAAACAUUAAAGCACGAAUCGGGUCCUGGCUCGCCAAAUCUAAAUUUUAAUACGGCUUGGCGUACUUUGUUUUUUUGGUGUUGAUAGGCAGCGUCCGUUGCGUGAUACCUACUGUAGUUCCCCGGCAUCCAAAGAAUGUACCGUACAUCUUCUAAGUCAUGCCAGUCAGUACCAGCUGAGCUGGCUGAGAAAAUGCACCUGCGAGCUGUCCGAUCGGCAUCCCACCAUUGCCCUGAUAUUGUUUCGCCUGCCCUCGCUAGUGCUCUCAAAUGGUUUGCCGAAGAUUACCGUACGAAGGACGCCGCUAUUUUGAUGUCACUAAUGGGACUUACAGCAACACUUUCGGCUGGCCAAUUUGCGUUGAAAACCCACAAAGAUGUUGAACACCACGUUACGCCGGCGCUGCUUAUGCUUACAGUCGGGACGCCGGGAAGUGGCAAAUCAGUCGCAAUCGAAAAGUUCUGUAUGCAGCCGCUAUCAACGAUCGGGGCGUUGGCUCAGCGGAAGUUCUUCGGAAGGCCGGCUAAUACCUCAAGAACGCUGGCUGUAUUCAGCAAUUGCGGAUGAUACUGUUGAUGCAAGAACCAAUCUCCUGCACAAACUGAACAAAUCGGCAGUCCCGUUUGAUGUUGAGGCAACAUUCACCGCCUUUUACCAGUACUGUCGAGAACAGGUGGAUAUGGCUAACAUUGUCUUGUCACCGGAAGCUCUUGAACGCUACUUGGAGCUGUCCCAAGAAAUCGAUCAAAUGAAGAAAUGUCGACGGGAAAACAUUCUUGGGAGAAAUGCGGCAUACACCAUCCCAGCAUCUUCAAAAGAAGAGGAGAUGACACUCAAGGUUACACUGGUGCUGCACCUUCUCGAGAAUGCCAUCAUAAGCUUCACCGCAACCGGGAUCAUUGACAUUCCGGAGGAGGUUACUUUGGAAACGAUUGAAAGAGCCAUCAGAUAUGUGCGCACCAGUAACAACGUGCUGCGUACAUUCAACAAUGAAAACAUCGCUGCAACUAAGGAGGCCGAAAUGCUCCUCAUCCCGGGAAAGCUGUUGAUCCCGCAGAUCGUAUCAGAAGCGACGCGGGGCAAGAACCGUUACUCGUUUGCUGAACCUAAAAUGUUCAUUAAGCUGGCAAAAGACCUGGAACGUCAGGGAUUGGGGCAAAUUCGAGAUGUUCAAUACAGGAAGAACGAAAAUUCUGCGGUCCGAACAGCUAUCGUAUAUUUUAAAAGUCCACCAUCAGACACGCUGGCGGUUAUCCUUGGUACACAUGGAGUCACGGUAGCCGACUACGCGGAAGCUUAUGACGCCGAUUACAAUUUGCGACCGUCUCUAAAAGAUAAUUUGGGACAUAUCGCUCGAAUUUUAGAACAGCAGAGCCCGUUUUCGAGUGUUACUGACGAGCACGACACUGAAAAUGAAGGCAGUGUUUUUAGCGCUAAUGGCGAGAAUGAAAGUGAAUACAGUGAAGACGCCAACUCGGGUGGUAGUGUCGGCAGUGACGAAAUGGUAGUAAACGGAAAUGAAGUUGUGGUUAAUGGUGACAGUGAGUCGGAUGUGGUUGACGUAACAGAUGGAAAGCCAGAAGAUUACCAGGAAGAGGAGGACGAAGACAGCGACAGCGAAGAUGAUGGUAUAUAUCAGCAGCAGACUAAGAAGCAGAAGUUUGCUCCUACUGCCUGAACGCUAUGAUAGCGACUGCCGACUUGUGCUUCCACUCAAUCUUGAGUAAUUACUUAAUAACUGAGUAACAUUAACUGAAUAACUGGACACCGAAUUUCAUUUUAUCUUCAUUAAUUAAGCUGCAUGCAAUCGUUUAUACUAAUUUUCUAUUUGCGUAGCGCAACGUCUAAGUUGAAAUUUCUUCUCGUUUUCAUGAUGGAAUAUUGCCUUUAAUUAUAUUGAAUGCUGUUGUUUCGGUACAGUUGAAGCGAUUUAAUUGUUUGCUCUUACGAUUUGUUGAAUAUGCAGUUUACUAGCAAAUUAUUAAUUUCUUAUGGUACAUAUAUUCCUCUGUCCUUUUUGAAUCGAUUCGAAUUUGGGUAAA